UAUACUUGGGCAGCGUGCCUCCAAAUGUGAUCUUACAUAUCAACAAGACUUUGUUCCGUUCACCUUCGGACGUUUUCUACCAUGAAUUAUAAUUGGUAAGAGAUGUCUGUAUGUCACGUUUACUGUCGUCUUUUCCUCUUCUUCUAGCGCUCGAAUGUCUCGCCAACAUCAUACUCUUGAAAGUGCGGUAUAGAGUUGUUUGUGAGCGAAGAUCAGUGCGGCGAGUCUUGAACGGCUUUUGUACGUCCCUUCAACGGUCCAGAGACGGAGAUAGGAGCAAGCCUGACACGGAAGCGCGCAGUGAGUUACAUAUCCUGGAGGGAAUUUCAAUACCGAUGCUUAACUUUUCCUUAAUCUGUAUGACAUUAUUCCCGCUACCGUAACAUUGCGUUCGGCACGUGUUAAGUGCAGCUGUACAAA